UCACAAACUCCUACAUCUAUCUAGAGCGAGAGAGACACACGCACACACAACGACAAAGAGAAAUCUAGAGAGAGAGAGAGAGAGCUUGUUAUUAGGGUUCUUCGCAUUCUCUUCUAGCAGUUGGAAGCACCUGGAAAUUAGGGUUUUAAGCCUUUGAAGAAUAGAUAUACUGUUUCGUAUCUAUAUUUUUUCAAUUUGGGGCAAGGGUUAGGGUUUGGUUUAUCGUAUCUAUAUAAAUAAAUCUGUGCUUUGAAUGGAUUAGUUUUAUAUAUGUGUUUGAGGGAUACAAAAUUUACAAUUGAUGGAUGAGAUCUGGGAGAGAGCGGUGGAGACAGCGCUUGAUGGCCAAACAGACGUGGCUUCGGUUCGAAUCCUAACCCUAGACGGCGCAGUGAAGUGCGUUCACGGUCGUCUUCCUCCGCCUUCCCUCUUCGACAAGUUCCAGAACCUUCAACAUCUUUCUCUCGCAAACAUUGGCCUCUCUUCUCUCGAUCAGUUCCCUCGCCUCCACAAUCUUCAAAGACUCAUUUUGUCCGACAAUCGCAUCGCCGGCGGACUCGAACUCCUUGUUGAAGCCGGUCUCGAUUCGCUUCGAGACCUUGAUUUGUCGAAUAAUCGGAUUCAGGGGAUUAAUGAUCUCAAACCGCUUGCCGAGCUUAAGCUUGUUUCGCUUGAUCUGUAUGAGUGUCCGGUGACGAGAGUGAAGGAUUACCGAUCUAAGGUUUUUGGAUUGAUUAAGUCUUUAAAGUACUUGGAUAAAAUGGAUGCUGAUGAGAAUGAAAGGCCGGAGUCGGAAGAGGAUGAGGAGGAGGACGAAGAGGAUGAUCCGGGGAGUGGCGAAAUCGACGGUGACGGUGACGGUGACGGUGAUGGUGAUGGUGAUGGUGAGGAUCGGCAGUAUAGGAUGAAUAAUGGACACAGUGUGGGAGGUGAUGGAAUUGUUGAUGUUGAUGAGGAUGAAGAGAGUGAUGCCGAUGAAGAGGAGACGGAGACUUCGAGAAGGGCAAGCGGAUCGAAUCAGGCGGGUUUGCCUCAUCAAUCGAAUGGAUUUGGGGUGGCGGAGGAUUAUGAGGAAGGUGAGGAUGAGGAGGAUAAUGAUUGGGUGGAAGAGAUUGAUGAAGAGGAGGGUGAGGAUGAGGAUGUUAUUGAGGUUCACGAAAUAGAGGACAGUGAUGAUGAGGAAGAUGGGGUUGAAGAUGAUGGAGAAGAUGACGACGAGGAGGAGGAUGAGGAAGAAGAGGAGGUUGAUAAUGAUGAAGGGGAUCUUGGAGAACCCGAGAGUACUGGGCGAUUGACGAGUACAGAAGGGGAGAUAGAUGGGCAUGAGCAAGGGGAGGAAGAUGGAGUGGAGGAUGAUAAUGGUGAAACUGGGGAGGAAGAAGAACAAGGUGUUGAAGAAGAUGGGGAGUUUGAGGAUGAUGAAGAAGCUGAGGAUGAGGAAGAAGAUAAUGAUGCUGGUUACUUAAUUCAGCCAGUUGGGCAGGCUGAAGAAGAUGGUGCAGGCAGUGACAUGGAUCCUGUCAAUGAAGAUGAUGAUCCUGAAAUGGAGGAAGAUGUUGAAGAUGAAGAUGAUCAGGAUGGUGAAGUUCAGGUGCUACCAUCGCCUUCUUCACACAACAAAAGGAAGAGAGACGAUGACGAUGAUGAUGACGACGAUGAUGGUGAUGGGGAUGAGGAAGAUGAUGUUGUUGAGUACGCUGCGAAGUCACCGAGGAAGCACCAUUAGCAGAGCAGCAUAUGCUGGUUCCAAUGGAAAACUGAAGAUGGAAUUUCAGGAGACAAUUUGUGAGGAGCUUGCUUGCUGGUGGGUAUUUUGGAGGGAAUUGUGCUUUUUGGGAUUUGGAUGGUAUAUCUUUUUAAGUUUAAAAGUUCGGUAGUUUGCUCUUUCUUACAGAGCCGUUACUUGGAGGGGGGUUGGUUAUUUAAAUGGUAGUUAGGUUGUGGUGCAAGGGUCUCUCAGUUUACCGCUUUAGAAUUCAGUUUUAAAAUGGGGGUUGAAUUGGAGGGAAAGAAAAGAAACUUGAUGAUAUAUCUUUUGUUUUUUUUGUUUUAAUUUAAAAUCUGGGAUGGUUCAAAAACAGUUUUUUCAAUUGGCUUGUAAAACGGUUGUAGAUAACUUCAUGACCCAUGUGUUUCAUUUAAUCAAGUGGUCUUUUUUAUGUUUCA